CUACUGGGAUCAAGAUCCGAGUCAUGAAUGCCGACCAUACCAGUAAAUGUUAUAAAGCUCACUCAAUUGGAUUCGCCUUUACCUACUGCUAACGUUUCGCUCUCAACUGUCAUGAUUGAAGUUUUCAAAUCAUUGGGCCACCUACGUACCCUUGCUCGCAAAGAUGCAUUGUUUUUCGACGUUUUCUGUGCGCUAUGUGUUCAUAGAAUCUACAACAAAUUCGAGGUCGACCCGGCCGACUUCAAACCUACUAUCGUCUUGCUCGUAGGAAUCCCAAUUCUACCGACAUACUUUCUACUUUCCCAUCUCCGCUCCAUAUUCCUCGCUGCCCUGUUGUCGUAUUCAUGCUUCUACAUCACUCUCAUCUCGUCUAUUGUGCUUUACCGCAUUUCCCCUUUCCAUCCGCUUGCCAGGUAUCCUGGACCGCUGUCGUUGAAGAUCUCAAAAUUCGUGGCAAUGUAUCACUCACUAGGCGGCAAGCAGCACCUGUAUUUCAAGAAGUUGCAUGACAAAUACGGCCACGUUGUCCGCAUUGGUCCUAAUGAAUUAUCGUUUGCUGAUGCGGAAGCGAUUCCACCUGUUCUUGGACCGGACGGAAUGCGGAAGGGUCCUUGUGUGUUAACGCACCUUAGCGUCUGAGUAAAACCACUGAUAGUUAUCUUAUGUGUGGUUAAUGCAUGUCAGACCCGGAACGACCCCUCACGUCAACGCUUUGCGAGACAUCGACAAACAUCAUGAGCGCAGAAAACUAUGGAAUCAUGGCUUCACUUCGGCAGCUAUAAAGGACUACCAACCAACUGUAGCGAAUCGGGUGCUUCAGCUUGUUGAGGAACUUGGAAGCGGAAGCCGUAACGAAGGCGAUAUUAACGGCAGAUCCGUUGAUCUCUCUCGUUGGAUUGGUUAUUUCGCAUAUGACUUCAUGGGUGACUUAGUAUUUGGUGGAGGCUUUGAGCUUAUGCACCGCAGCGGCAAUAAUGAUUUCCGGCCAAUAUUAGAAGACACUAUGAAGCUGGUAGGAAUUCUGGAGCACAUAUCAUGGAUCAAAGGGGUCCUUGUCAAAACUAGGUCUGAGCCAGCGGCGUUCGCAACUUACAGGGAGUACGGAACGAAACGUUACGAUGUGCGCAAGGAGCAGGGAGCAAGUAGGAGGGACUUGUUUCAGUUCAUCACAAAUGAAGAGCGGGUCGAAAACAUGGAUGUCUCGAGAGAACAAGGCUUGAACGAUGUUUUUUCAGCCAUGGUGGCAGGUGCCGACACGACAUCUACUGUCCUUAGUGGUCUUUUCUUCUUCAUUCUCUCGAACCCUGCUAUAUAUAUGACACUACAACAAGAAGUUGAUUCCGUUCCCGCUAUGCGGAGGAGAGCCGUUCGACUCGGUAAGGCUCGCUGCUAUGCCCUACUUAAAUGCUGUCAUGUAAGUCUCCGUGAGGGUGUACUGCAACGUCUACUUAGUCUUUCGGGAAGAAACGAGGCACUUCGUUUGCAGCCGUCUCUGCCCACUUCACUACAGCGAAGUCCGGUGGAAAAUGGUGGCGGAAAAUGGGUCGCCGGCAGGUUUGUUCCAGAGAACACGGCGAUAUAUAUUCCACCAUACGUCCUCCAUCGGGACCCUCGUUACUUCUCUCCCUUCCCCAACGACUUUAUUCCGGAACGUUGGCUCGACUGCAUGCAAAAUGAUAACACAAAGGACAAAUCAAAGGUGAAAUUCACUAGCAACACAUCGGCAUACAUCCCGUUCUCCUAUGGACCCGCAAAUUGCAUCGGAAAAAACCUCGCCAUGCUAGAAAUGCGCAUGGUUGUCGCUACGUUGGUCCAGAAAUUCGACAUGAAGCUCGCAGAGAGUUAUGAUCUGCGUAACUGGGAGGAUAAUCUACAGGAUUAUUUCAUUUUUAAAGUCGGGGAGUUGCCUGUUGUGUUGAACCUUAGGUCACAGCAAUGUCGAAACCUGGUCAAAUACAACGUGCCCUCAACUUGGUGCCUCCUUGUUACCCUCAUCAACAUGAUAGAAUCUCUGACGUCGCUAUUGACGCACUUGCCCGCCCUCGAUCGAAGGGACGCGUUGCUUUUUGAUGUCUUCUGUGCUUUGAUUGUUCACAAAAUCUACAACAAAUUUGAGGUGGACCCGGGUAACUUCAUACCUACUAUCAUCUUGCUCGUAGGGAUUCCAGUUCUUCCAACAUACUUUUUGCUUCCCCACCUCGGCUCCACGCUCCUCACCAUCCUAGUCUCGUAUUCAUGCUUUUAUGUUUCUCUUAUUUCUUCUAUUGUGCUCUAUCGCAUUUCCCCCUUCCAUCCGCUUGCCAAGUAUCCUGGACCGUUGUCCUUAAAGAUAUCAAAAUUCGUGAUGAUGUACCACGCGUCAAGAGGCAAGCAGUAUUUGUAUUUCAAAAAGUUGCAUGACGAAUACGGCUAUUUUGUCCGCGUUGGUCCUAAUGAAUUAUCCUUUGCCGAUGCUGAAGCAAUCCUUCCCGUUCUUGGACCGGACGGAAUGCGAAGAGGGCCACUGUGGGUUAUGCAUGUCAAACCCGGAACGCCUCCUGACCUUGUCGCUUUGCGAGAUGUCGGCGAACACCAUGAGCGCAGAAAAUUAUGGAACCACGGAUUCACUUCCGCGGCUAUCAAAGAUUAUCAACCGGCUAUAGCGAGUCGAUUGCUUCAGUUUGUCGAGGAACUUAGGAAAGGUGGCGGUGAUGACACUGGGAUUCACAAGAAGUCGUUUGAUCUCGCUCAAUGGAUCGGUUAUUUCGCAUUUGACUUCAUGGGUGACUUAGUAUUCGGUGGAGGCUUUGAGCUCAUGCACCAUCGCGACAAAGACGGCCUUCGUUCAAUGCUUGAAGAUGCUAUGAAAGUGCUAGGAAUUCUAGAGCACAUACCAUGGAUCACAAAAGCCCUUUCCAUGCUUGGGUCUGAACCAGCACAGUUCGUAACUUACAGGAAUUACGGAACGAAGCGUUACGAUAUGCGCAAAGAGCAGGGGGCAAAUAGGAGAGAUUUGUUCCAUUUCAUCACAAAUGAAGAAGGGAUCGAAAAAAUGGACGUGCCGAGGGACCAGGGCUUGAAUGAGGUUUUUACUGCCAUUGUAGCAGGCGCCGACACGACAUCGACCGUGCUUGGCGGCGUUUUCUUUUACAUUCUCUCGAACCCAGCUGUUUUCUCGAAAUUACAGCGAGAAGUUGAUUCCGAGUUCCCACUAGGGGAAGGAGAGCCAUUCGACGCGGUAAAGCUAUCUGCGAUGCCCUACUUGAACGCUGUCAUUAAUGAAGCGCUCCGUCUGCAGCCGCCACUGGCUACUUCAUUACAGCGGUGUCCAUUAGAAAAUAGCGGUGGUAAGUGGGUUGCAGGAAGGUUCAUUCUAGAGAGUACAGCAAUAUACAUCCCACCAUACGUCCUCCAUCGGGACCCUCGCUACUUCUCUCCUUUCCCCGACGACUUCAUCCCGGAACGUUGGCUCGACAACACGCAUAGCAACGAUACUAACAACAAAGGAAACGUAAAAUUCACGACCAACACAUCCGCAUACAUCCCCUUCUCAUAUGGACCCGCGAAUUGCGUUGGGAAGAACCUUGCGCUGCUAGAAAUGCGCAUGGUCGUCGCUACAUUGAUCCAGAAAUUCGACAUGAAGCUUGCGGAGGAUUAUGAUCCGCAUAUGUGGGAAGAAGAUCUACAGGAUAACUUCAUAUUUAAAGUCGGGAAAUUGCCUGUCGUGCUGAACACUAGGGAAUGA